AUGGCUGCGGCUGAUGGAGGAGCAGAGACCGGGAGAUCCGCGCUAGACACCGGGCUCCGGAACCAAGAACCAGGGCUACAGAACCCAGAGCAUCCAGAACCAGGACUGCAGGACCCAGAUCAUCCAGAACCAGGGCUACAGAACCCAGAGCAUCCAGAACCAGGGCUACAGAACCCAGAGCAUCCAGAACUGCAGAACCCAGAGCAUCCAGAACCAGGGCUACAGAACUCAAAGCAUCCAGAACCAGGGCUACAGAACCCAGAUCAUCCAGAACUACAGAACCCAGAGCAUCCAGAACCAGGGCUACAGAACCCAGAGCAUCCAGGACUACAGGACCCAGAGCAUCCAGAACCAGGGCUACAGGACCCAGAGCAUCCAGAACCAGGGCUGCAGAACCCAGAGCAUCCAGAACCAGGGCUGCAGGACCCAAAGUAUCCAGGACUGCAGGACCCAGAGCAUCCAGAACCAGGACUACAGGACCCAGAGCAUCCAGAACCAGGGCUGCAGGACCCAAAGUAUCCAGAACCAGGGCUGCAGAACCCAGAGCAUCCAGAACCAGGGCUGCAGAACCCAGAGCAUCCAGAACCAGGGCUGCAGGACCCAAAGUAUCCAGGACUGCAGGACCCAGAGCAUCCAGAACCAGGACUACAGGACCCAGAGCAUCCAGAACCAGGGCUGCAGGACCCAAAGUAUCCAGAACCAGGGCUGCAGAACCCAGAGCAUCCAGAACCAGGGCUGCAGAACCCAGAGCAUCCAGAUCCAGGGCUGCAGGACCCAGAGCAUCCAGAACCAGGGCUGCAGGACCCAAAAACCAGGGCUGCGGAACACAGAUCAUCCAGAACCAGGGCUGCAGGACCCAGAGCAUCCAGAACCAGGGCUGCAGGAUCCAGAGCCUCCAGAACCAGGGCUGCAGGACCGAGAGCCUCCAGAACCAGGGCUGCAGGACCGAGAGCCUCCAGAACCAGGGCUGCAGGACCCAGAGCAUCCAGAACCAGGGCUGCAGGACCCAGAGAAUACAGAACCAGGGCUACAGAACCCAGAGCAUCCAGAACCAGGGCUGCAGGACCCAGAGCAUCCAGAACCAGGGCUGCAGGACCCGGAGAAUACAGAACCAGGGCUGCAGAACCCAGAGCAUCCAGAACCAGGGCUGCAGGACCCAGAGAAUACAGAACCAGGGCUGCAGAACCCAAAGUAUCCAGAACCAGGUCUGCAGGACCCAGAGCAUCCAGAACCAGGGUUGCAGAACCCAAAGUAUCCAGAACCAGGUCUGCAGGACCCACAUCAUCCAGAACCAGGGCUGCAGAACCCAAAGUAUCCAGGACUGCAGAACCCAGAGCAUCCAUAACCAGGACUAUAGAACCCAGAGAAUCCAGAACCAGGGCUGCAGGACCAAGAGCAUCCAGAACCAGGGCUGGAGAACCCAUAGCAUCCAGAACCAGGACUACAGAACCCAGAGCAUCUGGAACAAGGACUGCAGAGCACACAGCAUCCAGAACCAGGACUACAGAACCCAGAGCAUCCAGAACCAGGACUACAGAACCCAGAGCAUCCAGAACCAGGACUACAGAACACACAGCAUCCAGGACUACAGAACCCAGAGCAUCCAGAACCAGGACUACAGGAUCCAGAGCAUCUGGAACAAGGACUACAGAACACACAGCAUCCAGAACCAAGGCUGCAGAACCCAGAGCAUCCAGAACCAAGGCUGCAAAACCCAGAGCAUCCAGAACCUGGCGUACAGAGCAAAAAUUAUUCAGAACCAGGACUGCAGAACCCAGAGCAUCAGAAUCAAAGGCUUCAGAGCAAGAAUUAUCCAAAACAAGAACAACAGAACCUGGUGCAUCUAGAACCAGCUAUCCAAAACACAAAGCAGCUAGAACCUGUGUUACAAAGCAAGAAGUAGCUAGAACAGGAGCUGCAGAACUUGAAUCAUCCAAAACUUGGUCCACAGAACUGGGAGCUUAUAGAACCAGGGUUACAAAACCCACAACAUCCAGAACAAGAAGUGCAGAAAGCAGAGACAAAGCUACAGAACCUAGAACAAUCCUAAUCAGGGGUGAAUCCAGAACAGCAGAACACAGAACCAGCGCUGCUGAGUACAUAUCAUACGGACCCAGGAGCACUGCAGAACCCUGCGCCCCAGCAGUUUGUGCCCACUGGACUCCUGCACCUAGAACCUCAGCAUCCAGUGCAGGCUCACAGGGGAUUGCCCCCAUAUCCAGGGCACCAGGUUGUAGGGGCUCCAGCACUGAUCCCAGGGGCCCCGAGGGCUCCGCACACAUCCCCUGUGAACACCUUCUGCUCAGCUCAUCCCUCCUAUGUUCCCCUAACCAAACCUCCUCUUCUGCCCCCCCAGGGUCUGCAGGAUUCAUGGGGGACAGCUGCGUGCCCCCUGUCUUCAGAAACCGGAGUGUCCCUACAGGGCCCAGCCCCCUCCUCCCCCCCUCUGAGAUGUCCCCCCAGUGGACCAUAGGUAUGGCAGCCCUGAUGACCACCAUCAUCUUCCUCAUCCUCAUGGGCAACAUCAUGGUCAUUGUGGCCAUUGCCAAGAACCAGAGACUUCAGACCUUGACCAACGUGUUCAUCACCUCCCUGGCCUGUGCCGACCUCAUCAUGGGGCUCUUUGUGGUUCCCCUGGGGGCCACCCUGGUGGUGAGUGGCACCUGGAUGUACGGCUCCAUCUUUUGUGAGUUCUGGACCUCGGUGGAUGUUCUGUGCGUCACCGCCAGUAUAGAGACCCUGUGUGUCAUCGCCAUCGACCGCUACAUCGCCAUCACUUCCCCCUUCCGCUACCAGAGCAUGCUGACCAAGGCCAGGGCCAAGAGCAUCGUGUGCACAGUGUGGGCCAUCUCCGCUCUGGUCUCCUUCCUGCCCAUCAUGAUGCACUGGUGGAGGGACACCAAUGACCCAUUGGCCCUGAGUUGCUAUGACGACCCCGGGUGCUGUGACUUUGUCACCAACAGAGCCUACGCCAUCGCGUCCUCCAUCAUCUCCUUCUACGUCCCCUUGGUGGUCAUGAUCUUCGUCUACUUCAGGGUCUUCAAGGAAGCCAAGAAGCAGAUGAAGAAGAUCGAUAAGUGCGAGGGCCGAUUCCACAACAACCAGUCUCUCGGCAACGCCAAGUCCAGCCGGAGGAGACUGUCCAGAAUGUUGGUGGUCAAGGAGCAGAAGGCGCUGAAAACCUUGGGCAUCAUCAUGGGCACCUUCACCCUGUGCUGGCUGCCCUUCUUCUUGGCCAACAUCGUGAACGUCUUCUACAGGAACCUCAUUCCCGACAAGCUCUUCUUGUUCCUGAACUGGUUGGGGUACGUCAACUCGGCCUUUAACCCCAUCAUCUACUGCAGGAGCCCGGACUUUAGGAAAGCCUUCAAGAGGCUCCUGUGCUGCCCCCGGAAGGCGACCAGAAGGCUGCACGCUGCCACCGACAUCACCAGACAUUCUACGGGGUUGGCAAACUCUCUAGAUACCUCCAAUGUACUGGCCACAUGGACCGAGUGCAACGGGACCACCCAGCAGUCCAUGGAGUUCCUUGAGCCACCCACCUGAGGACUAGCCCCUGAGACACCCGAAAUCAGUGCUCCCCAAUCUGUGCCCCCCCCCCCAGGUGUGGCCAAACUACAUCUCCCAUCGUACCCCAAGAAGAUGAAGGCUCUGUUGCUGUUGCAAAACUACAACUCUCAGCAUGCCCUGACCGCUGCAGCCCUAUUGUUUGUCAGGGAAUGAUGGGAGUUUUAGUUGUGCAACAGGUGCGGGCUUAUUCAGCAUUUGGAAAACUACAUCACCCAUCAUCCCCUGGCAGCCGAAGGAUCUAUAGCUCAGUGUUUCCCAACCAGCGUGCCUCCAGCUGUUGCCAAACUACAACUCCCAGCAUGCCAGGAC